AUGGAAUCCCACGGGGAUCAACCGUCUCCAGCCCCCGACCCAGCCGAGCUUGAGCUACCGAACGGCAAGCGACGAUGGCGCCGCAACCAAGUCGCCUGCGACUCAUGCCACACUCGCCGAGUCCGAUGCGACCGCGCUUUUCCCUGCUCGAGAUGUUUGCGCGGUGACAUCAAUUGCGAAUUUACGCGCGAGAAACGGAAACGAGGACGGAUUGCGAGACCGAAGGCUACGAAUACGAAUGCCAAUGCUACGAACGAGACACCGCGGGACGGUGCCGAGGGGCAACAGGCCAGCGGGGAGCUCAAACGAGGGCCACAGUUGCAGCAGGUGCUAUCACCAGUUGACAACAGCUCUCCUUCCUCAGGAUUUCAGCAGCAAUCGCCAGCAACAAAUGAGAUCAGCGCUCUAUCGGCGCCCAGUGUCGAUGACCGUCGCUCUGUGGGAGGUGGAUCACAUCCCCAACGGGCAGGGCCUGAGACGAACAUUACGGAAGAAUGGCUUUCAGCAGCACAUCUCUUGCCAGAUUCGUACGAACUGUUGGGAGGCAACGGUGGCAGCGACGGGCCUCUGCCACGGUUGAUGGACAUUUGGAAUCCAGUUGAUCUGGGCUCCCGACCGGCACAGCCUCCGCCGAUGAUGUCCACGCCGGGGAACAACGUCCCAAGGCAGAGACAGCCCUCGAUUUCUCGGGUGCCAUUGAAGUAUCCUGUCUUGAACCCUGUGAUGCCCUAUCUCGAGUCGAACCUCCCGCGUCGCCUGGUGUGCGAUCUGCUGGAGCUUUACUUUACCAGUGCUUUCUCGACCCAUAUGCACCCUGUAUGCCAUCUUAUCCAUUGCUAUGUCCUACGCAAGACUUCUUUCCUAAGCACCGACCGGCCCCGACCGACUAGCCCGGCUUUGCUGGCAAGUAUGCUCUGGGUGGCUGCUGUUGAUGACCGGGCGUUCUCGUUGUCCAUAUCACCAUUACAACGCCGGAAGAUAUGCCAAUUCCUCUGUGCAUUGAUUAUCCGCUUACUACGACCUUUGAUCCAUGUCUCAUUCCAGGACAAGAAUUCAUCGCCCGCAGAGCAAGCUACAACAGCUCAGGACUUUGCUACCGGUACAGCCCACCACCCUUUCGAGGGAGCAGGCGAUGAUAAAGGACUGGUUGGUCCUGCGGGCUCUUUGGACGAUGUAAUAACUUACAUUCAUGUUGCAUCUAUUAUCUCGUCAAGUGAGCAGAAGGCUGCUAGUAUGAGAUGGUGGCAUGCGGCUUUCACACUAGCCCGAGAACUUAAAUUAAAUCAGGAGAUGGAAAUUACACCCAAUCUCGACAGCCUGACCGACGGUUCAAGCCCGUCGGUCGGUUAUGGUCUGGGUGGGUGGCCCGGUUCCCCUGGCGGGCUGGGCUUCGACUACUCGAAUCCCUUGCGGUCGAGCUUGAAUUGCGUAUGUGACCAGAACCAUGACUUGCACAGCGGGCCCAUUACCGAAGAACACCGUGAGGAGCGGCGCCGAACUUGGUGGCUGUUGUACAUAAUGGACCGCCAUCUGGCAUUAUGUUACAACCGUCCCCUAGCUCUCCUGGAUGCAGAGAGUGAGGACCUGUUGCUUCCGCUGGAUGAAAGCUCAUGGCAGUCAGGUCUCAUUCACAGCAACAGCCCUCGCCCAGACGGUCCUCAAUGUCCACGGUCGGGGGACCAGAACAAGCGUCGCACCUUCCCCAACUUCAUUUGCCACGAUCAUUCCAUCCUUGGCUUCUUUCUACCACUCAUGACGAUCACGGGAGAGUUGAUCGACCUGAACCAGGCACGAAACCACCCUACGCUUGGUAUCCGGCUUCGGGGGAAAGAAGCAUGGGACGUUCAUGUGUCGGAAGUGCUGCGGCAGCUGGAAAUAUAUAAAGCCAGUCUCACCACCUUUGCGGCUGCGACGGCGGCAGAUCCAGAAGCCUCAUUAUCUAGCGCCUACUCCAACAAAUCAGCCCACUCUCUCGAUCCCCAUUUGUCCCAGGCCUAUUCCUGGCACACUCAAACCGUGAUUGCCUACUCAUCGUACCUCACCCACGUCCUUCACAUCCUGCUCGUUGGAAAAUGGGAUCCCGUCUCGCUGAUCGAAGACAAAGACUUCUGGACCUCUUCUCCAGCCUUUGCAUCGACCAUCUCCCACGCACUAGAAGCCGCCGAUUCGGUGCAACAAAUCCUCCGUUUCGACCCCGAUAUUAGUUUCAUGCCCUACUUCUUCGGUAUUCAGCUCCUUCAGGGCAGUUUUCUCCUUUUGCUUAUUGUAGAACGUCUGCAAAAAGAAGCCGGCGAAGGCAUCCUCAAUGCCUGCGAAACUAUGAUUCGAGCUACCGAAUCUUGCGUUGUUACCUUGAAUACAGAGUACCAGCGCAGUUUCCGGCAAGUGAUGCGAUCUGCCGUUGCCCAGGCUCGGGGUCGCCCGGUAAACCCGAGCGAGAUUCGGCACCGUCGGAAAGCGGUUCUUGCGCUUUAUCGGUGGACACGGAAGGGGACCGGCUUGGCCCUCUAA